UGCUGUAGCCGGACCCCCGUGAUCCUCCAGGGCUUGUCUGAAGUCUGAUGUUCACUUAGCCUCGUGAUUUGUUUAAAGUGAAUGCUCCAUGGAGGUGACUGCUGCGCGCCGGUCCUUCCUCUGCGACAUCGGGAUGUGGGCGGACCGCACAGCUCUCCAUGAAGCCGCCUCGAUGGGUCGCGUUCUGCAGUUGUCUCAGCUCAUAGACUCUGGAUCCAGUGUAAACACGGUGACAGUGGACAAUGUGACUGCUCUGCACGAAGCCUGUAUCAAGGGACACCCCAACUGUGUGAGGCUGCUGCUGAGAGCCGGGGCACAGGUAGAUGUGAGAACGAUUCAUGGCAGCACACCGCUCUGUUACGCUUGUACCUCUGGGAGUUUAGACUGUGCUCGACUUUUACUGGAACAUGGAGCGAACGUUAACCCUUCUCUCACAACACUGACCCCAUCAUCACUGCAAGAGGCCUGUAUGCAAGAAGCACGCAUUAACUCGGUGAAGUUCCAUGAGACUGCGUUACACCUGGCGACCCGUGGGGGCAGUGUGGAACUGAUGGAGAUGCUGAUCGAGUUUGGGGCCGAUGUUUUUUACAGUGACAACUCCGGGAACAGACCCAGAGACUAUGCUGUGGAGGGGACUGAUCCAUACCUCUGCCUCACAUUCUUUGAAAGUAAUCCCCUGAGUCUGCAGCAGAUUUGCAGGAUCAGACUUCGUUCUCAGCUGGGUCCUCGAGCUUUCCGUGUUAUACCUGAACUCCAAAUAUCUCCAUGGAUAAAGAACUACCUCCUCUUCUCAGACACCUGUGCUCAGACUCAGAGUCAGACAAAACAAUAAA